AUUUCAAAAACCAUGGAAAACUAUCAAAUAGCAAUAAUAAUAAGUAUAGCUAUUCUCCUUGGAUUAUUAUUAACCUACAUUAUUCUAAAAUACCGUAAAUUUUUAAUUGGCGCAUAAAAGGAUCCUAACAUUAAGAAUAUUAUAAAAUCGUCAAUAUCGAUAUUACAUCAAUCUAAUGAUAAAGAUAUCUUAGAUCAAUAAGGUGAGUAUGACUCCCCAAAAGCAAGAUUUGUUGAAUUGGCCAUCUAAAAUAAUGAAUUUUAGAUUCUCAAAAUUUCAACAUAAUUCACAUCAUACGUAUCGAUAUCAGAAAAACCAUAACAAAUGCCAAUUAAAACUUUAGAAUAUCAAUUCAAACUAGACGAUCAUUUUAAUUAAUCGUACAGACUCGUUUUACAAUAGAACAACUAAAUAAUAAUAUACGAAAAGAAAACAAAAAAAAUCUACUUUCAAGGAAAUACUGAAGAUGCUCCCAAUGAUAUAUAUUUUGGUUCUGAACAUAUGAUUGAGGAGAAAUGUGGUUAAUAUUAUUUCAAUUAAUUGAUUACUAAAGAGGCACUUACAUAAGGAUCAUAUUAAAUUAUUGAUGUUUUCGCCGAAUAUUUAAAUCUACAGAAUUUAAAUUAAUAUAUCAAAGAUAAAUAAAGUUAGAUCAAAAGUAAGGCAGUAAUUUUCUUUCCUAGUUUUAUUUUAAAAUAAGAAAUGGAUUAAAAGUAAUUUAUGGAAAAAUACUAAAACUACGUUUUUCAAUAUGAACAAAUUAAUUAUGAAAUGGAAUUAAUUUAUAACAAACUCUUCUUUAUUUCAACUAGUUCAGAUAACCAGGAGUACUUUUAUAUUGAAAUCAAUUUCUCAGAUGAAUCCAUGAUACUUCAUCUUAUAGGUGAUAGAUAACCCAAUUAUUAUUAACGAUAGCUUAAAUUAGUAUAAGGAAUUAAGCCUAAAUUUAGAUCUGGGAUAAUAUGUGCUCAGUGCAAAUUGAAGAAAAAUACUAAGCAACCCUAUUUAGAAGUAUGCAUGAAUAUGUUGAGAGAAUCCUAAAAUAAAUAGCUGUCGUAAAUAAUAACAUAAAAAGAGUAAUUAUUAGAACAUCUAUAAUCAAUAAUUAAAUCAUGA